AUGAAACCACCCAGGAAAUUCCUAAAGAGCAAGCUUACACAACAGGAUACCAGUAGGCUCUGUACGUACCACGAAGAUGUCGGGCACAAUACCAACCUUUGCAUGGAGCUAAAGAACACGAUCGAGUUGCUUAUUCAAAAGGGCAAGCUUCAGCGGUACCUACUCGCUAAGGAUAUAGGAGCCAUCGACGUAUACGGACGGAUCCUCACGAUCCAUGGUGGAGGCCCGAAGGAUUUACCUCCACGGAGGAGGAAGCGAAGCUCUAAUUUCGGUCACCCUGAGGUUUUCAGUUUCCACAAGACCCCGCAGCAAGGAGGCGAGGCUAGAUGGAAAUCAAUCACCUUCUUGGAAGAGGAGGAAGCCAACCUUAAAAUGCCCCAUGAUGACCCCUUUUUUAUCACGCUCCAAAUCGACCACUACAUUACUUCUCGGGUACUCGUGGACACCGAGGCUUCUGUUAGUGUAUUAUUUUGUGAUGCAUACAAAGCCUUGAACAGGGGACGGGCCAAACUGUCACAGGAUAAUGAGCCCCUUAUCAGCUUUUCAACAGAUAUCGUCCAGCCACUAGGAUCAGAUUACUUAUCGAUCACGGUGGGAGAAAGUCCAAAUUGUUCAACAAUUAAAACAGAGUUCAUUGUGGUCGACUGUGUUUCGUCCUAUAAUGCUAUCUUGGGCCGGCCGACACUCUGGCGUUUAAAGACAUUCAUCGUAGGCCACAUGCUCAUGAUGAAAGUGCCAACCCCAGUAGGAAUAGCAACCAUACGGGGUAAUCAGGCUGCGGCAAGGCAGUGCUAUUCUUUAACGGUAUCUCGGGGUAAGGGAAAGUCAGAAAUGUUGCAUGUAGCUACCAACCUUCUUACGGACAGGUACGAGGACCCUUGA